AUGGAGACCUCUCUGCUGCUACUUGGCCUGGGGUUGAUUCUUGUAGGAUCUUCAGGAAGCAAAAUGGAGACGACUAAAGAAAAAUUUUCAGAGGAAGAGAUGCAAUAUGACACAGCAAAAAAUAACCAAGAAAAACAGACCAUUGAGGUAUUAACGAACUUGACUCUGUUAUGUCAUGAUUUCGGCCUUAGCAUGUCCAGGGACAUUAUGUCUUCCUCAUUAUUGACAUUCGGAAGAUUACAGUAUGGAUUCCCUAAGAGAAACAGUCUAAGUAAUGACAAAGAGUAUUGCAAUAACACAGUGGACUGGAGAACAGUUUCAGAAGUUAAUGGGUCAUGCAUGUUAAGCAAUAACUUUAUUCUUGGCUCCAUGGAAGUGAUCCGCGGGGUCCCCAAGGCCCACAGCUACAAGUGUGGAGAAAAUCUUGGCAUAAACUGCUCUGACAGCCCAGGACCGGAGACUACUAUGCUUACUAUGGGCAAAGGAUUCCCCAAGUGCCAGUACCACAGUGUUACAUCACUAAAGAAAAUAUUAGCAGUGUUAACAGGUCAUUCUCUGAUGAGUUUGUUAGUUAGUGGCUCUAACUUGUAA